AUGAAUUAUAUAAAGAAUGAAUUAUCUGAUGUUAAAAAUUUUACAAGUAAAGAAAAUAAUAAUUUAUCACUUCAAAAAAGACAAAUAUUUGAAACUUUCAAAGAAGUAGAAAAAUAUUUGAUGCAAUAUUGUAAGCAAAAAGCUAAUGAUCCUGAAAAACAUCAUCAAAGAAAUUCUGGAUUAAUUGGUUGUCUAUGGCAU